CCCACAAUCAUAGUCAUUAUUUUUGUGUUAUCCGCUCAACCAAUAUCAGAACACGUCACUAGACAUAAUGUUGACAUCAAAUUAUACUUUUAGCUUUUAAAUUAACACCAACACGGCAGAAGAUCAAAAAAAGGACCAUUUGUGGAAAGAGCCCGUAUCGAAAUUUAUUAAGCAUUGAUAUAUAUAGAGCCAAGAAAAUGGUCCGUCCCGAGAUCCCCUCCAUUUUUUCACGCCAUUUUGUUGUUUUCUUUGUUGUUGUUUUCGCAGUCAAAACAGCUAAUUCCAAAGGUCUCGAACUAGAGUCGUUUUACGGCAAGAAGUGCCCGAAUGUUGAAGGCAUUGUAAAAAACAAGACGGGUCAAUUGCUAGAGAAUAACGCUGCCCCUCUCGCAGCUGCCUUGCUGAGAAUGCACUUCCACGAUUGCUUUGUUCGGGGGUGCGACGGUUCGGUGCUGAUAAACUCUACAAGUCAGAACAAAGCGGAGAAGGACGCGAUCCCUAACCAAACCUUACGCGGGUGGAACAUAAUUGAUGCCGUAAAAUCAGAGCUGGAGAAACAAUGCCCGGGCGUUGUUUCUUGUGCUGACAUCCUUGCUCUCGUCGCCCGAGAUGCUGUUGCCCUGAUCGACGGACCAUCAUGGGAAGUGCCCUUGGGACGUAGAGAUGGAAAGGUAUCGAGCGCCUCAGAGGCUCUCCAGAAAAUACCAUUGCCUCUUUCCAAUUUCACAGUCCUCAAACAAAAUUUUGCCGAUGUCAAUCUGACCGUAAAUGACCUCGCUGUUCUGGCAGGGGCACACACAAUUGGGAGGGCACAUUGCUUUACAUUUACAAACCGUUUGUACAAUUUUACGGGAAAGGGAGAUGCAGAUCCAUCCAUGCAUGCAAAGUACGUCAAAACCCUAAAGAAGAGAUGUCCCCCGGCGGACACCACCACCACGGUGGAGAUGGAUCCCGGCAGUGCCAAACACUUCGACGAUGGAUACUACCGCCGCCUCACCCAAAGAAGAGGGCUCUUCUCGUCGGACGCCGCUCUUGUCUCCGCCGCCGCCGCCCAGGAUCACGUCGACGUGAAACAAUUCAUUUCGAACACGUCCACCGCCGCUUUCUUCCGUGCCUUUGGCGAAUCGAUGGUGCGGAUGGGGAACAUUGGCGUCCUCACCGGCACUCAAGGGGAGAUCAGGAAGGUCUGUUCCCGCGUUAAUUAAUUAAUUAAUACUCCCUCCAAAAAAAUGCAAUAUCUAAAACCCUAAAAAACUUAUUACAUGUGCUUUUGUGAGAGUGUGAGACGUGCCCUAUUCCCAAAUAAUGAGUUGGUUCUUUU